AUGGCUUCAUAUCCUCAUACCAACCACGGCAGUCAGCAUCAAAGUCCCAUCGCAGGCGGCACGCGACUUUUGUCUAUCCCGAGCAGUCCGACAGGUAGUGUACUUCUUCCUCCAGUCGAGAUCGAGAUCAGCCCUGCUCAGUCAACCCGUUCAUCGCAUUCCAGCUCGUCCGCGCGAAGACCGAGUCACCGCCGAAGACGAAAUUCUGUUGAUAAGGAUCGCAGAGGAGUCAUAAAUAGGAUCCCUCCACUAAAGGAGAGCAGAUUCAGCAGCAGUGAAUCCGAAGACGACUUUUUUGAGGAUUACAGCGAUGCAAAGAAGCAGGACCAUGUGUUGAGACGAGCAAGCAGUAACGUCAGCAUCUCUCUGCAAAGACAUGGAUGCUUUGGGCGUCUUCGAAGGUCGCCCAAUUUCAUCCUCUUUACAGUUUUCCUUGCGCUUUUUGUCGAUAUGGCCACGUAUGGCAUUAUCGUACCCAUUAUACCAUUUAUUGUCUCGGAUAAGGUCCAGGGAGGAGCCACGGACACCGGACUGUUGCUGGCCACCUAUGCAAUCGGCAUUUUGCUAUCUUCGCCAUUGUUUGGAGUCUUGGGCGACUAUUUUGUGUCCCGUCGAGUUCCCAUGUUGAUCGGACUGGUCGGAAUGCUGCUCUCGACCGUCCUUUUCAUGUUCGCGACCAAUUUCUAUAUCUUCCUGUUGGCUCGGCUCUUGCAGGGCGUUGCCGGUGGAUCGGUGUGGACUCUUGGUCUUGCCUUGAUCACAGAUGUCUUCCCGGCCCACACGCUGGGCGUGCAGAUGGGCAAGGCAUUGAUCGGUUACACCCUUGGUCUCAUGAUGGGACCACCUCUUGGCGGAAUCCUGUAUGAGCGCGGCGGAUACCAGGCGCCGUUUAUCUUCUGCUGCAUUAUUACCAUGAUUGACUUUGGAUGCCGUGCAUUGAUCAUUGAGGAGCGUGAGGAGAUUGUUAGGACUUUGAGGGAGAAGGGAAUGCGGAACGAGGCAAGUGAAGAAGAAGCCGAGGUCGUUGCGAUCCGCAGGCAGGAGCGUUUAGAGGAGAGCACCAGCUUUUGGAAACUCGUCAAAAACAAGCGACUCCUCGGAUGCAUUAUCGUGACGGCCUGCAACGCUUUUGUGUUCUCAGGUGCGGAACCGACAGUACCUUUGCACCUGGCCAGUACGUUUAACCUAACCUCAGAGCGCAUCGGAUUAGUCUUUAUGGCGUUUUCUCUUCCGACUCUCACCGCUCCCUUGUCAGGCGCCCUGUCAGACAAGAUUGGCGCGAAAGUGAUCUGCUCAGUAUCUUUAAUUAUCUGUGCAUGUUCCAUCGCAGCCGCCGGGUUCUACCAGCACUCGCUUUCAAUGAUUGUCAUUUUGUUCGUGGUCAUUGGAAUGUCAGGAACCGCGGUUUUAACGCCCGUAUUAGGCGAGCUCUCGGCCGUUGUGCGAACGACGGGCACUGGGGAUGGGUUCGCAAGGGCCUAUGCCAUGUUCAACAUGGCCUUCUCGAUCGGUGUGCUGAUCGGACCCGUCGUGUCCGGAAUUGUGUAUGAGCAUUUCGGCUUCACUGCACUUUCUUUAACCAUGGCUGGAGUGCUCGUUUUGGGCAUACCAAUCGUGCUCACAUGUCUCGGAGGAGCUGAGCAGAAGAAAUUGGACCUGGCAAAGUACAAGGAAGAUGAAGAGAAGCAGACGAAUAUACGGCAACAAUUGAGACAAUGCAAGUACAACAUUGAGUUCACGACCGCUGCAGAGGAAGAGCUGGGCAUGAGGUUGCCACCAGGUGAAGAUGCCUUAGUGGAGAAGCAUUUGAGUGAGGACAAGGGCGCCAGAGGAGGAUGUGAGUUGGUCGAUAUGAGUCGAGGUGAAGUUAGGAAUGACCGCUCUAAAGUCGCUCAUAUGGAAGAGGGACUAUAG